AUGGCAAAACGUAGAAAAAGUUCUAGUUCUAUUACUUAUAAACCUGAAACUUUCACCAAAGAAUAUAAUUCAGUCUUUCAAAAGUCUAUCAACGAACGUAACUAUAACUUUAGCCUUAAAAAAUCUAAUAAUAAUAGUAAUAUACAAAUAGAAGUGGAUGAAAAAAUCUUGGCAUCAAUUUUAGCUCGCGUUACUGCUUUGGAAAUGAAAACAAGUUCUGAACAGAAGUCAGAUGAUGCGAGGGAUUGUGAGUCUAAUACUAUUGAUAAAGAUCAUGAUAAUUUAUCUAUUGCUCUGCCGAUUCCGAAACCAUCUGGAAAAUCAAGCAAAUUUGCAAAUUUACAUCUGAAAUUAAAUUUAGAGAAGAACGUUACCUUUUACAGACUUAAUGAAUGCCAUACUCCUGUUAAAAUUCAAUAUAAAAACCUAGAUAAAAAUAUUAGAGCUGGAAUUAUCCACAAAUUCAAGAAAGCUAAUCCUUACUUUUCUGAUUGUAUUAGUGAUUGGGCCUUAGUAUAUCUCAUGCGUCACAAAAUAAACAUUAAUCAAAAUGCUUAUCGUUGGGAUAAGAAAUGUUAUAUUGAAAAUAAAGUCCAGUCAAUGGUGAAAAGCGCAGAAGGACGAAUUAAUCAACCGUUGAA